UUCUGAACUCACUUGAAUCACUUCGUGACCUGGAAAGUUGCGAGAGAACAACACCAUCUCUAUCGCAUCCGGCCUUCUCAUCUACACCAAUUUGCAAGAGCAUAUGCCAUGGCUGACAUAGCCGUCGAGGUACCACCGCCGCUGCAAGGCAUACCCACAGCCAAGGAGAAGAGAUACGAUCGUCAAUUACGCCUGUGGGGAGCUACUGGCCAGAUCGCUUUGGAGAACACCCACAUCCUUCUCAUCAACAAUGGAUCUGGCGUCACUGGGGUGGAGACCUUGAAGAACCUCGUUCUGCCUGGCAUCGGGCAAUUCAGCAUUCUCGACUCUGAAGUGGUCACCGAAGCUGACCUCGGGGUGAAUUUUUUCCUGGAGGAUGCGUCGCUCGGCAAAUUUCGUGCAGAACAGACGACGAGGCUACUGAAAGAGUUGAAUCCGGACGUUGAUGGACAUGCGAUUACAGAGAAAAAGCCUCUGGAAUCAUGGGUCACCGGCAAGAAUGCUUUCGAGCCAUAUACCUUGGUCCUUGUCGCAGCACCGGUCGACUCGGUCAUCCUACGCAACAUCGAGGUUCAGACUCGCGCAAGCAACAUCCCCACCUUUUACCUCCAUUGUGUCGGCUUCUACUCACAUUUUUCCAUCUCCCUACCGCCUGCGUUCCCUAUCGUUGACACACAUCCCGAUCCGACGGGCACGACAGACCUGCGACUUACACGACCCUGGCCGGAGCUCUCAGAUUUCGCGCGGCGGAAAACGGCAGAUAUGGACAAAAUGAAUGGCGAAGACUUUGCACACAUACCCUAUCUUUGCUUGCUGUUACACUACCUUGAGGUAUGGAAGGCCGAACAUGAAGGCAAACUGCCUGAGACAUACAAGGAGAAGUCGGCCUUCCGAGAAGAAUUAAGAAAGGGCAGCGCCACGGAAGAGAACUUCGACGAGGCCUGCGCUGCAGUUUUGAAGUCGUUAAACCCGCCUUCGCUACCUUCGAAUGUGCGAGAGAUUCUCAAUGCCCCCGAGGCACAAGAACUUUCCACGACAUCGCCGCCUUUCUGGCUGAUCGCGAAUGCAGUCCAGCAGUUCUACACCAAACACAACCAACUUCCUCUCCCUGGUGCUGUACCUGACAUGAAGGCUCAGUCAGAGACCUAUAUUCAGCUCCAAAACAUAUACAAAGACAAAGCCCGCGCGGAUUGCGCAGAGGUCACAAAAACUGUUCGUGCUUUAGAGAAGUCAACCGGUCGCUCACCAUCACUCCCUUCGAUUGACGACAAAGAAAUUGAAAACUUCUGCAAAGGAGCUGCUCACAUCUCUCUGGUUCGCGGGCGGCCCCUGAAGGUCGUCGACGCAGGUCAAAAGCUCAGCUUUGGCGACCGUGCAAAAUCACUCGUGAACGACCUGACCAACCCGGAGAGCCUGCUCCCACUGUACAUUGCCUUCCUAGCCUGGGACGAAUUCCUUGCCACACAUUCCACUCCAGACUCCGAACUCGGCGGACAAGGUCUACGACUUCCCGGCUCGUCUGACGCCGAGGUCGACGUCGAUGCGGAGAAACUGACGGGCAUCGCGCACACGAUCACAGAUGCCUUGAUCUCUGAAGCAGGCACCCGCAUCGAAAAUCCCGAGUACGACCAUCUCCGUGCGUCACUAGGCAAAUACUGUGUCGAAUUGACUCGUGCGGGGGGCGCCGAGCUGCAUAAUAUCGCCUCCCUGACGGGCGGAUUAGUCGCGCAGGAGGCGAUCAAGGUUAUCACCGAGCAGUAUGUUCCGGUGGAUAAUGUCUGCGUGUGGGAUGGGAUUGAGAGCCGGACUUGGGUGGGACGAGUUUGA